AUGGCCGCGGACGCGGACGACAUCCGCGACGUCGGCGUCCAGAACAUCUACAAGGUUGUCCGCGCUCUGAAGAAGGACGACCACGGGAUACACAACUGCCUGCGCAGCAUCGCGCACGACGCGGCGUUCGUCCGAGAGGCGUGCCGCGCGAGAUUCCCCGGGUUCCCCGUGUUCGCGAACCUCCGAUGCGGGGCGUGGUACGUCGCGCCGCGCGAGGACGAGGACGAGGACGAGGACGAGGACGACGAGGCGAACGAAGACGCCGACGCCGCCGCGAUGACGACGAGGACGUGCUACUUCAAGUCCACGGACGGGCACAACAACAACUGGAGCUUCAGCGCGACGCGGUUGAACGCGCACGUCGCGGAGGCGGCGGCGACGCGCGGGGGAUGCGUCGUCGUCGACGCCACGAGGACGAAGCGGUUCCCGGACUCGAUGUCGAAGACGAUACCGGUGUGGGCGGAGGCGUGGGAGCGCGUCGACGCGGUGCUGUACGUGGGCGGGGACGCGCCGACGGGGCCGGAAGGCGUCGCGUUGCCAAAUCCGGCAGCGGCGACGGCGACGGCGACGGCGACGGCGACCGCGACCGCGGCGGGCGACGCCGCGCCGCCGCCGCCGGCGCCGAAGCCGUACCUCCACGUCCCGAUGCACCGCGCGAAGGUGGCGCGGAACGACGUCGCGAACGGGCUCCCCGCCGCGCUGAAGUUCAUACGCGAACGCUCGGCCGGCGGCGGCGGCGGCGGCGGCGGCGGCGGCGUUGUCCUAGUCGCGUGCGAGGACGGGUUCGAUCACUGCGUCGGUGUCGCCGUCGCGCGCAUCGCGUCUUCGCGCCUCCACGGAUCUUCCGCGCCGCGCGUGAGCAAAGAGGCGGUGAGGAAAUGCCUCGCCGAGGUUUCGCGUCAGCACCCGGAGAGCCGGCCGUCGCGGGGGACGUUGAAACAGGUGUUUAACUUUUUAUUCGCCGGCGACGGCGGCGGCGGCGGCGGCGGCGGCGGCGGCGAGGAGUGA